CCCCGUCCCUCUGCUUGAGGGCAACGGAGGUGGGAGGGAAAGAGUUUCUGUGCCAGUAAGGGUGAUGCCAAAGCACAGCACCCACUCCCUUGCCAUGGAGCACCUUUGAAAAUGUGAUCCCUCCCUCCCUGUGGGAGAUGUCCUCAUGCUGAGAGUGUCCCAGCUGUCCAGAGCAGCCCCCUGCCUCGGGCAGCAGACAAAGAGCGGGCACACAGGCGCCCGCCUGGCCCCAGUGCCUUGGCAGGACAGAGAAGCGAGCCAUUGUCCCCGUGCACAGCCAGCCCCAGCGCCCGCCGCCACCCAUCAGCCCAGCGGAGGCUGCCUGGUGGGACAGAGCAGAAGCUGUAGCUGGUGCAGCAUGACCCGGCUGGUGUGGCCAGCCACAGCCCUGGUCCUCCUCUACCUGGCUGCAGGGCUGGUGGCCAGCCCAGAGCUCUCCGGGUACCUGCGCAAGGUGUUGAGGAACCACACCAUCCACACCUGUGACGGGGAGCAGCUCCUCAUCGUCUGCCCUCGCAAGACCAGCAUCAGCAUCCUUGGCGCCUUCUAUGGGCGUCGUGUACCCAGCCCCAACCUCUGCCCCAGCCCUGGCAACACUUCCCAGGAGAGCACCGAGUGCACAUCUGCCACUGCCCACCUGAAGCUGCUCGCAGAGUGCCAGGACCAGCAGUGGUGCCAGUUCUCAGUGCACAGCCAAGUCUUCGGGCCGGACCCAUGCCCUGGGACACACAAAUACCUCAUCGCUUCCUACAAGUGCCGGCCAGGGAACCAUCGGAUCAAGACUGUAUGUGAGAAUGACAAGCUGAGACUGCAGUGCCGACCCAAAUCCAUCCUGGCUAUUUAUUCUGCAAAUUAUGGACGAUUCCUUCGGGGCAAACCAGAGUGCGAUGCCCUGAACACUGGAGGACCACAUAUAGAGUGUUUGGCUCCGGAUGCCCUGCGGAGGGUAUCCAAGAAGUGCCACCGCAAGGGGAACUGCACUGUGACUGCUGACCAUGCCACCUUCGGGGACCCGUGCCUCCCCGGCAUGAAGAAACAGCUGCGAGUCUCCUACACCUGCGUACCCAGGCAGCUGCUGGAGGAGGUGGGCCCUGAUACCUCAGACCCUUUCCUGCUCUCUGACUACAUGCAUGGUGGCUGGUACAAAGGGCCCAGGUUCUCCAGGCUCCGGGAAGACCGGAUGAUUUUUACUAGCUCCCUGGCAGCUUUUGCCCACCUUUGGGGUGUCCCAGAGAAAGUUGGCCUCUACUUUCUUUGCGGAGUCUCAGGAGGCCUCAUACUCCUGCUGUGCAUCAUCAGCCCCAAAACGACCUUCCUUCAGGAGGUGGGAGAGGCUCUCAAAGACACAGAGCUGGGGAGCAGCUCGGAGCUGAGCAGGGCCAAGCUGCGGGAUGAGCAGGACGAAGACCUUCCAGAUGACAGUUCCUCGGACUCCUCCUUCCGCCGCCUCACCCGCACCUACCGGGCCACUGACAGCAUCUUCAGCCCUGAGCUGACUGCGGCCAUGGAAGGAGCAGCAGAUCACCACGGCCAUGGUGGGGAGGAGAUCUGGAUGCCCAAGGAGUCGAGCCCAUAUGCCAUCCACAAGAUCAAAUCAGCCACCAAAUAACAACUGGAAAAAAAAUGACCACAGAGCAGUGGGAGGUGAAGGCUAAAAAAUGGGAUCUGGCACUGGAGACUAAGAGUUUGGGCUCCUCGGGGUGAGUGGGCAUCCCAAGUGGCAGUAGGGCCAUAGCAGACCCAGUGUGGCCAUCAGCUCACUGCUCCAUCAGCCUAGUAAACUCUGACCCAGGGGUAAGACACAGUCCCUGGGUGUGAUGAGGAGCUGUGGGAUGGCUCGUGGGACCACUGGCUCCUUUGCCACCAACAUGCCGCUAACCCUAAGCUAACCUCAGCUCGCAUCAGCUGGCUCUAGUACCUAACUCUGCCUAGCCACCAUGAGCCCACCUUGAGCCUUGCCAGCCUGUUUGCUCCCGUCUCUUCUUGACUGCUGACUUCCACCCCUGGUGCUGCCAACACCCUCUAGCUGUCAGGCAGCGUGCUGGCAGCAGAGAAGCAGCGAUGGCCAGGAUGAGGGGAGGAUGCAGGCAGAGCGGGUGGGACAGCCCCUCAAGCAUCACCCAGCACAGCUCUACCACACCACAUGCCUUGCAGUCUGGUAUCCCUGAGAGAGUUGCACCCUGGAGCAGCCGACAGCUUGGUAUAGCGCUGACUCUCACCUCCCUGUGGGCACUUGGGAGCUCUGCCACUCUGUGUUGCUCUGUGCUUUCCUUCAUGCUUCUGCUGGCAGGAGAGCCCCGGGCUCACUUGCUAGGCAUCCUUUCAGUAAAUAAAUGCAACAGCUCGUAGAC